AAGUGGCGAGUGCCUAUGAUCUUCCGAAAUGGGAGACCAUUGGCGUUCGCAUCUAUUCUCAUUUUCUGGCGCUUCUCCAGUAUUUCAUUCGUGAAAUUCGGUCCCUCUAUGAAAAUGAACUACUCUUUGUUUGCAAUCCAGGCAGUGGUUAAUUAUAAAUCAAAAUCGGUUGUACUAUGUGAAUGACCAUGGCGCAAAGCCAAAGGCAAGACUAAAAUUGUCGGUCUGCAGUCGUACUGAUCAAGAACAUCCCAGCAGAAAGUGACUAAUAACAAUCUGAGUCGGUAUCGUGCUGUGCUUUUUGACUCGUCCUGCAACUCGUGCUUGUUGAUAAGAAACGUCUGCUACUUCAUCGUGCACCUAGG